AUGGCUUACCAAAACUAUCCACUAAUCUUUAGGGAUGGAGGCCAUGAACUGCAUCAAUGGUUGGACAUAGUCGGAAACAAAAACCACAUCAUCAAGUCAAAGAUCCAGAGUGGUGGCAUGCUUUUCGUUCGUUACGAGUACAGUGCGCAAGGGCGACCGCGUUUUGGAGUGAGCUUGGGCCUAUUUGUUGAUUGCUUGAACACGUUUUCAGUUCCUGGACAUUCAAGCACAAUUGAUAGUCAAUACCCGGGUCCUAAUAUGCAGCUACUUCUUGAGUCUGUUGAUUCAUGGGAUGCAGGCAUCUAUGCAGAGAUCAGAACAAGGAUCCCAGAUACAGUUUCAUGGGAUUACAAUUUAGAACCUGCAGGGAGCACGCCACUUACUUUUACCGUUAAGUCUGCCGCACUGAAGGAAGCUAUUGAUGAUCUUGAAUGGCCUGGUUCAAGCAUCCUGAUCACAUUACAACCAGUUCCUCCUACUGUUACCUUGAGAGGUAAUGGACAUGAAGAUCUGCAGAUAGACUUCAUGUGUUAUGUAAAUGCGGAUCUUUUGAUGGCAUGUCAUUGUGAUCGCCAAGUUUCUCAUAGUUAUAAAUACAAGUUCCUCAAAGCAACAACUUUGAACAUACCUGGUAGCGUCAUCAAAGAUAAUAGGGGAAGCAAGUUGACUAUUGGGAGAGGUGGAAUGCUGAAAGUUCAGCACCUAGUUUCAGUGGCAAGAUCAUCCAUUCCUCACCCGCAUAUCAAUUCUGCUGGCUAUCAGCGUCCAAGUCGUAUUGCUUAUAUUGAAUUCUUCGUGAAACCAGAGGAAGAUGAGGACACUGAGAAUGACUAG